GAUUCAUAUAAUAAUAUUGUAAGAACAACUAUUGAAGGUUUGGCUGCUGUCUUUGGAGGCACACAGUCACUUCAUACCAAUGCUUUUGACGAAGCACUUGCUUUACCGACAAAAUUUUCAGCUCGAAUUGCACGAAAUACUCAAAUAAUUAUUCAAGAAGAAACUGGAAUUACCAAAGUGGUUGAUCCUUGGGGGGGUUCAUAUAUGAUGGAGUCACUAACUGAUCAAAUGUACACUGAGGCGCUAAAUUUAGUGAAUGAGAUUGAAAGUUUUGGAGGAAUGUCAAAAGCAGUUGUUGAUGGAAUGCCUAAAAGAAGAAUCGAAGAGGCUGCGGCUAAACGCCAGGCUAGAAUUGAUUCUGGUCAAGAAGUUAUUGUUGGAGUUAAUAAAUUUAUUCUCGAUAAAGAGCAGAUGCCUGAAAUUUUGGUUGUUGAUAAUUCGGCAGUAGCUAAAUCCCAGAAAGCCCGUAUUGCAUCCGUAAAAAAAUCUCGUGAUCAAUCCAAAGUUAAAGAAGCACUUGAAAAUCUUGCUAAAUGCGCCAGUUCUAAGGAAGGCAAUCUUUUGGCAUUUUCAAUCGAGGCUGCUCGAUGCCGAUGUACACUUGGAGAAAUCACAGAUGCUAUGGAAUCUGUGAUUUUAUUUUUUGUUAAAACUAGGUUUUUGGACGAUAUGUAG